GCUCCGAGCUGGCGGCGUGGCGGGUCGGACGGCCCCCUAUCGGGCGGCCCGGCGGGCAUGGGCGCCAUCUUGAGCUCGACCAUGAAGGUGGUUCACGAAAUAUUCACGUACAAGAGCAAUGUGAUGAUCCAUUGCUCGGACGGCUGGGACCGCACCGCCCAGGUCGCCUCUCUGGCGAUGCUCUGCCUGGACGCGCAGUACCGCACCCAGGCGGGUUUCCUGCGGCUGAUCCAGAAGGACCGAGUGGUGCUCUUUCGGGCACCGCUUCCGGACGAGGCUGGCGCUCGGGGAGCAGCCCACCAGCGAGUACAGCCCCGUCUUCAUCCGGGGGGG